AUGUCCCUGAAGGCCGGAAGAGGUGACCCAAUGAUCCACUCCUUGUUGUUCUCGGUGCUGCUGGAGAAUCGCGCACAGCAGCGGGAAGUCCGGACGCUUUCUGUGGCUGACCUUCUGAUGAGCGAUGCGGUCCAAGUGCGGUCAGCUGAGAUGUGGACUUCCAUGUCCACCCUCCGCACCUCUCCCCCUGAAGAAGGCCACUGA